AUGGGAGCUCGUCCGAAAGAACCUUUAUUGGCAUCAUCACUCCAUUUCAACAUGCUGCAUCAGGCAAUGGGCAGCCGAAAAAGGGCAUCAGAUUCUCUUCUGUACAGCUACAAGAGAAGCCUCAAUGGUUUUCUGGCAAUAUUGACCGAUACAGAGAAGGAAAGAAUAGCCAGGAUGAAAGGCGUGGUCUCAGUAUUUCCAAACAAGAUCAUGCAGCUCCAUACCACAAGGUCGUGGGAUUUCAUUGGGUUCCCUCAGGACGUGAAGAGAACAGCCGUUGAAACCAACAUUACAAUAGCGGUGCUUGAUACCGGAAUUUGGCCUGAAUCUCCGAGCUUUAAUGACUCAGGAUAUGGUCCACCUCCAAAGAAAUUCAAAGGCAUUUGCGAAACAUCCAAAAAUUUCACUUGCAAUAACAAAAUAAUUGGAGCAAGGUACUAUCACACUAGUGGUCAGGUACAUAAUAAAGGAGAUGUAUACACACCAAGAGAUAAAAUAGGGCAUGGAUCACAUACCGCUUCCACAGCUGCCGGUGAAACAGUAAGCAAGGCAAGCCUAUACGGCUUAGGGGCCGGGACAGCUCGAGGAGGAGUACCUUCAGCUAGAAUAGCUGUUUACAAAGUGUGCUGGUCAUAUGGUUGCGAUGAUGGAAAUAUACUUGCAGCAUUUGACGAUGCGAUCGCCGAUGACGUAGACAUCAUAUCAGUCUCUCUCGGGUCUGAGCGGCCUCUAGACUACUUCGAGGAUUCCAUCGCCAUUGGAGCAUUCCAUGCCAUGAAAAAGGGCAUCUUGACAUCAAACUCGGCAGGAAAUUCAGGGCCAUUUCCCCAUUCGAUCUUAAACAUGUCGCCCUGGUCACUCUCUGUGGGAGCUAAUGUUAUAGAUCGGAAAUUUGUGGCAGAUGUGAUAUUGGGAAAUAACAAAACUUACCGGGGAGCUUCUGUAAACACAUUCCACAGCAGUGAAUUUAUCCCAAUUGCUUACGCUGGGGAUAUCCCUGCAAUUGGUUCUAAGUCAUCGGCCUCCAGGUACUGUGACGAGGGCACGUUGGACAAAGCUAAAGUAAAUGGAACGAUCGUGUUAUGUGACGUUAUGAGUUAUCGAACACCAGGCAUUGUUUUAGGAGAUGGUGGAGCUGGAGUUGUAAUGGCAGAUGGAGGUUACAAGGAUGUCGCCUUUACCCACAUUUUGCCUACAACUUAUUUGGAUACGGAUUAUGGCCGCAAGAUUGUUGGUUACAUAAAUACCACAAGGAAACCGACUGCUCUGAUCAAAAAGAGUAUAGAAAUUAUUGACAAAGACGCACCAUAUGUUGUUUCAUUUUCAUCCAGAGGACCAAGCCCCAUUACCCCUGACAUUCUUAAGCCGGAUUUAACCGCACCGGGAGUGGACAUUGUAGCUGCAUGGUCCAAGGCAACUACUGUGACAGGAUUAGAAGGGGAUACAAGAGUUGUUUCAUAUAACAUAAUUUCAGGGACAUCGAUGUCUUGUCCACAUGCAACCGGCGCAGCUGCUUACAUUAAAUCUUUUAAUCCUACUUGGUCACCUGCUGCAAUCAAAUCUGCCCUCAUGACUACUGCUACUGUGAUUCCCCCAAAAGUCAACAAAGAUGCUGAGUUUGCCUACGGAUCAGGGCAGAUAAAUCCCGUGAAAGCUGUUGAUCCAGGUCUAGUAUAUGAUAUGAAGGAGGCUGAUUAUGUGAGUUUCUUAUGUGGUCAAGGCUAUAACACCACAUUUUUGAGGCUGGUUUCGGGUGAUAACAGUUCUUGCACCCAAGGAAAUAAUGCAACAGUAUGGGAUCUUAACUACCCUUCAUUCACGCUUUCUGCAAAAUCAGGCCAGACUAUUACUCGGGUUUUCCACAGAACAGUGACAAAUGUUGGUAAUCCUGAAUCAACUUAUAUGGCCAAGGUUAAAGCUCCAUCUCAGAUGGAAGUCCAAGUCAAGCCCUCUACUCUUUCCUUCGAUUCAAAGGGACAGAAGAAGUCUUUUACAGUGAAAGUCUCCGCAACAGUUCCAAAGACUCAGAUAUCAGGUUCUCUAGUGUGGGACGAUGGUGUUCAUCAAGUCAGAAGCCCAAUUGUUGCUCACUCUUAUGCAGCUGCAGCUUGA